UAAUUCUUCAUAUCUACUGUCAAGUAAUAUAAUGCUUAUUAGUUUACCCAUAGUUCUCCAAUCCGGUUUGCUUUGUGUCCCAUUCCCAAAUCAAAUGUGAUAAAAAAUCUAAAGAAAAGAAAAGAAAAGGAAGAUAAACAACAGUGAUACAGAGAGAACGAUUUUUCCCCAGGACAAGCUAAUGAGAAUCUGUCAUCAGUUUUCGUGAAAAGAAAAGGAAAAAAGGAACAGGAUUUCAGCAAGUCCUCCUCAUAUAGAGUCAUCACCUCCUUUAAUAAGAGUCCGGCAGGUGUGUUUCCCUUUUCCAGCUGCUGAGAAAGAGAGAAAGUGUGUACAGGAGUGGAGAGUGAAGGCUAAACACAGAAGAACUCUGCAGAGAAAAGCUGCUCUAGAGAGCUGAUAGAUUGAGAGGUGGAAGCACUAGAUGUUCUGAGGCUUUGGAGGAAAAAUUUGUUAAUGGAAUUUUUAGCAGAGAGUGAAAUGAAGGUAGAAAUGAGUAACCCCAAAUAAAGUUUCUCAAGCUUGGAACUGUCCUGCCAGCUUCACUUAUCUUUCUGGGCUGGGCUACAUUCUCUCUCUCUCUUCACUGGUUCUCUUCUCUCUUUCGCCCUCUCCUUGCAUUUGAGUGUAAUGAGAGCCAUGCGGUGAGUUGUGGAUGAGAGGCGUCAGUUUGUAAGAGUGAGAGGAGCGGGACAGGAACACACACACUGAGCUUCUGGGAGUUUCAGCGCUGCUUGCAAGAACGUAGAAUUGGAGUGCCGGGACUGGGGGCUGCGCUGCUCCGUUGCACUCUCUCUCUUUCUUUCUUUCUCUCUCUCUCUAUCUAUCUCUCUCCUCUGGGUCUAAACGUGCAGCACAGGAACUGCAGCUGCAGAUAUGAACCUCUCACUUCCCCAGACUUCACAAGCAUGUAGAACAUCAAGAUGACCGAUGAACAUUCCAUCAUCAGGGAAAUGAAGAGAUAAAGAAGAGAGAAAAUAAUUCUGUGCUUUGAGCUUCUGUUACCACAGGCUUAUUGAUUCUGACUGGAACACAAUGUGUCCAUGUCGCAGCCUGUGCAGAUAAGGACCAGUGUGCUAAACUAGCCACAACGGCAUCAUGACUGAAGAGACUAAACACCCCUUGGCUGCCAAAGAGCUGAGUAACGAGUCCAAAAAACUGGAUAAGGGGGCUGUGGAGCACAAAAGCUUAAAAAAGUCCCCUGAGCACUUUCACAAUGUGUGUCUGGAGCCAGUUGCUGUGAACAAUCUUGCUAAGUUUGCAGAAAAAGAGAAAGACAACACGCAGCAACGUGAGGCUGUGAUUCGGCCACAGCAGGCUGGAAAGAUUGAUUUUAAGUCACUGCAGAAUCAUUCAUUCAACAGCAACAGGACAUGGUCCAGCGGCAAGGACAGCCCUCAGUCACCUAGUGGAAAGAGUCGCAAUCGAGACAAGAGUAAAAAGUCAGGAAAAGGAGAGCGUGGAAACCCGCAGCAGUUGUACAGACUGAGUAUUACAAACCCACGCUCCAAUCCCACAAUUGGGAUAGCCUAUCCCCAGCAGAAAGUCUCACCUCCAAAGAAGAUUGAGUCCAGCAGGGGUCCUGUCUCAGGCAGCUACCGCUUCCAUGUGCCAAGUAUUCCAGAGCGAGAGGCUGAACUGCAGCAGGAAGAACUACAGUUCAGAUGCUUCCAGGAGAGCUCACCUAACCUUACUUCCCAAAGCUAUACCUCACAGGCUGUUGCCACCCCUUCUGGAGGACCAGCUCACCAGAAUCCAUCACAACCGCAACAGAAGCCCAACCCAAUCGAGAGCAACACCACACAACCUGCCAAUGAAAAUUUAUUCCCUGACUUUCAACUGAGCGAAAUUGACACAUGGCAGUCUCCAGACAGGACUUUCAGAAGCACUAGUUUUGGACUUACUUCACAAAAGCCAAACAACCUUGUGGACUUUAACAAGACCAAUGGUAGUUUUAUGCCUAUGCCAUUUCAGUAUGGAUACCCAUUGUUAGAGGAGUCAGGCUCAGAUUCCUUUCCCUGUGAUCGAAAUACACAGUCUCAAGAUUACAUUGACAUUUCUCCUGCCCCUAACCAGGUUUCUCAUAACUCAUUUUCCUUUCCAUCCUCUGCAGAGGGACAUGAGGCCAUGCAAAAUAAUGCACAGUUUGGUAAUGACCAGGUAGAGGACAGGCAGUCAUACCAGUUACAUCCUAAACCACCCCAGUACGUGCAGACACAACAUGGUGUGCAGUCAUCUGUUCCCAGCAAUGAUGAGAGCUCAGUAUCGAGCACUCGCCAAUCAGAGCAGAGUAAAAGUGUUUCAGAUAAAUCUGAUUCUUUCAGUCCAGUAGACGAUAGGGACACAGGUUUUGCGGUAGUGGGCAAGAGAGGCUGCCAUCUUAAAAAUGGCACCACCAGCCAGAGAGUUCUUAUUCAAGGCAGUGUUCAUCAUAUUAGGAAUAUUUCACAAGGUUCCAGUUCCCAAAUACAUGUCAUUAGCCCUCCACAUAAUGGUAUUCACAUCAGCCCAGGGCCUCUUGACAAGAGUGUAAGUAAACACCAUGUCAGGGUAUCACACCCCUGGAAUGGACCAAACAAAGCCUUCCCACCACCACUCAUAGACCAGACCUCUACGCCGUAUCCCUUUCAGUACCAACCAGCACCAGAACAGAGACAAAACAGCAUUAAUGGACGUAUGCCUUGGCAGCAGAUACGCUUCACAACUGCCAUGCCAAGCCAAAACAGGAUUGAUCUCUCCAGACAACUGAGCAAUCAGCAGCUUACUUUUUUGAUAGGCCCUUCAGACUGGCAAGAUGACAGUAAGCCACACAAAAACAGCAACCAGAAAGAUUCUAAUAACUUUCUCAACAAAAAGACAAAUGAGGGCUUCUCAAACCAAAGGCAGGACAGUAUCAAGCAAGGCUGCAACACAAUUCCCCCAUGUCAUUUUACAAACAAAGUAGAUACAAAUCAAGGCCAGGUGGGUGAUGCCAAGAAUAAGUCAUUAUACUUUGGUAUUAACCCCUCAGUGCCAGUGACAUCGUCAAGAAACUGUAGCUACCCUCCAUUACAUGUAGCACCCUUAGGGCUGAAGAUGGUGUCACCCUAUGACUCUCCUUCACAUUCGCCUACUCAAAAUCCAACAUCUAGCAGUACGUGUCCAUCACUCUCCCCAGCCUCCACAAACUCUGUCAACAGUAACUCUGAUGACAGCCAAAUUUCAAAGGUUCUGUCCCCUCAGUUUUAUCAGCAGCAACAGGACAAGGCAUUGAUAUCAUCUAGUAGCAUGAACACCAACCAGCAUCACUACCAUUCAGAAGCAUCCAGAGGCUUGCACUAUAAACAAGAAAAAUCCAAAGAGAACAUUGCAAGCUUCAUGUCACACAACAGGCAUUCAAAGUCCAACAUGGACAACGGGAAAGGUUGUCUGGAGACCUACAGACCAGAAAACCAUCCCCCACCUCCGUAUUCUGCCCACCAACUCGCCACAUCAUUAGUCUCAGCAAACCUUGACCAACUGGAUGUGCUUUUGACAUGCAAGCAAUGUGAUCAGAAUUUUAAUAACCUUGUCUCUUUUCUUGACCAUAAGCAAUACUGUGGACAGCAUACAUUUGCACAAAAUGACUUUAAAGAUGUGCCAAAAGUGGAAGACAUAAGGAAGUUUCAGACAGAUCACACAAAAGCCAUGUCAUCUGGAUCCAGUUACACAAUUUUGCGGAGUUCUUCAGAUUUGCAUCUGUCUCUUCUUGGACUAAACAAGAAUGGGGAAAUAGUGCCAGAUAAUGAAACCAAAGGAGAUAUAAAAGAUGAUCCAAUGAAACUGAUGCUACCAUCUGCACCCCUGCCGGAUUUAGAAAUGGAAGAUCCCAAAUUGGAUAGCCUUAUCACAGAGGCUUUGAACGGACUAGGCUAUCAGUCAGACAAUGCAGAGAUUGAUAGCAGCUUUAUUGAUGCAUUCGUUGAUGAUGAUCUCACCACUACUAAAUGCACAUCAACAAGACAGACUUUGACUGCCAAAGACUCCACAACAUUUGAAGGUAGAACAAACAGUGAAUCAACAUCCAGCGAAAGAUCUGAAGCUCACAGCAAAUAUCCUUUUGACUCCGAUUUAGACAGCCUUAGUUCAGACAGCAAACUCACAGACAGCCCUUUCAAAGAAAGCCAACAUGAGUUGAUACAGAAGGAAGGCCUCAAUGCAGAAACCUCUCCAACAGAGUCCCAGUCACAGGAGUCAAACUGCACACAAAUCGAGUGGAAAACAAGAAAGUCUGAGCAAAGGGAAGAGGAAAAUGAUUACAGUUCUAAGUUUCUUCUAUCAAGCAAGUUUUCUGCAAGAUGUGGACCUAAAAGCUUGCAGAGUAGCACAGCAUUAGUUAAAACAACAUCCACCUGUGCCAGUAAAAGUCCAACAGCUCAGAAACCAAUACCAACAGAAGGAAAAAGGAAGAGGACAGGUGGCGGAAGCUGGAGUAAAGAGCUUAUUCACAAAAUUGUUCAACAAAAGAACAAGUUGCAUAAACUCCAUGUGAAGGGCACCAAAAACAUGCAGUUUUCACUUGUGAUGGAGAGAGUUACUCCUGCAGUGCAGAACCCUACUUUCAGGGAGUAUGAUUACGUUUCUGACUCAGACGAUGACUGUGAGCCUGUGAAGAUAGCCAGUCAAGGACGUCUCAGCCAGAGCAUUCGUUGCAAGUACACAUACACUAAGGAGUGCAAGGGGAGGAUUCGUGCUGACAAGAGCCGGGAAAGUUCAUGGAAACAAAACAUAAGUGAGUGCGUUGAUCCCAAGAAAGCUUUGGAUGUCUCUCCAUCCUUGAUGAAAGACAACCCUGGUCACCAAAGUCUCAGAAGAAGGAGCAGUAGGUCUUCCACAAGUAGUGAACUCAGUACAUCAAUAAGUAUUUGCAGUGAUAGCAUUGGCAGCCCGAAAAGUACUGAUCAUACAGAUUCAGACUCUGAGAAACGAAUAGAAGCACAGAGGAAAGAUCAAAACUCUCUUGAACAGAAUGCAUAUGAAGAAUCGCCACCAAGGAUACGGAAAGAGUCUAGCACAUCACUGGCAUUGACCUUUACAAAAAAUACAAAAAGGUACAGCACUGAUAAGAUAUUACUCACUGAGCACAAUGAUCGGUUCACUUCUUCAAAAUGUUCAAGCAUAAUCUGUAAAACGGAAGAGACUGCAUCAGAGCAUAAAAUGACUAAAAGUACUGUCAGCCUUGCCAGAUUCAAAACCACCAGAUUGGAAAUAGAGGAAAAAGGGGACCACCUCGGGUUUGAGGGAGGAAUUCUUGCAACCACAGAAGAGCCAUUCAAAAAAGAUUACCCAAAAAAUAUCACAUCACCAAGAGGGUCUGGUAUAACACCAAAUCCAAUGGAAACAACCAACAAUAGUGAUUCUAGCCAUGUUUUUAAACUCAAAAAAGAUGCUGUCACAUCAAAGAGUAAAUCCCACAGGAAAAGAACAAAUAGUUCUGAAAUGUCAGCACCCAUUUUUGAGAAAGCCAGCAAUGACAGCAUAUCAAGUGAAGAAGCCAGUAGAAGCUCAAAUGAUCUAUUCCCUGACCCCCCACCUCUCUGCAGUUCACUUGCGGACAAAGUCUGUUUAUCACCUUCAAAAGUCCAUGAUGCUACAGCACAAAAGAAUGCGCAAUGUCUCAUUCCCUAUCCUUCAGAGCAUGAUCAGAGUCUUAUAAAGUCACCCCUUUCUUUUGACACAACGUCAAUGUUUGGUGACCUUUCGGUGGGAGGUUUUGAGAGCAAUCUUUAUCCAGAUAUUCAGCUGGCCAAAGAGAGCUUUAGUCCUCUGGAAACCAUAACAGAUAAGAAGGAACUUUUUGAGUCAUCAUUCUCACCAUUCUUAGAGCAGAGAGACUGGAAUCUGAUGGUGGAUGUUACUCCUGUGCUGCCAGAUGAGAUUUCUCAGUACAAAGAGGACUCUGACUCAAAUGAGAAUAAGACCAAUUUCAACCAUGUCCCAUUUGCUUUGCCAGAGAAAUUAAUGGACUACAAUCCAAACCUCAAUAGUAACGUGUCAGUUGAUGAUCUGGAAAUCAAAAGGAUAGUUACAGAGCUUGAGAGUCAGCUGCAAACAGCCAAACUCAGCAGCCCUCCACCAUUAGACAGUGAGCUUCCAAAACAGUUAACCAUGAGCAAAUUCUCUCCAUUGAGACUUGACCCUGACAGUGAAGAUGAGGACAGUAGCUUACAGAUGAACUGUUCCUCAGAGAACUUGCAAAUUGUCAGACCAGUAGACUCACAAUCAGCGCUGUUCUCAGAACCUGACUUACCAUGGUCUAGUCCGCUUCCAUUUGGAUUGAUGUGUGGACAGCAAGGUCUUCAUACGCCAACACAUUCCUCUACUAUCAACACACCAACUGAUUCAGAAAAUGACCAUUUAGAUAUAAAGGACAGCAUGGGGCUCACAGUUUUGAAUGCAGAAAAUGGUUCACCUAUGCAUCCAGAGGACAAAACAGAGAAGAAUGACUCUUUAGAUAAGUCAGAGGAGAUGCUUGAGCAUGAAAUUUACACAGAAAAUCUGAUGAAAAGCUUGGAAGUGAUCUCAGAUUCUUUGUCUUCAGGUUUUACAUCACCUCAGUCGUCUCCUAAUCAAGAGAGUGUGGUUCCUGAAGAGCAUGAAAAACAAGAGAAUGAACACUCUGAACAAAAUAUGUCUGAGCAUGUAGAAUCUAGAAACACAAAAGCAGAGCUUACAAAGUUCUCAGUGGAGACAUUUAACACAAACACCACUACACUAGAAGAGACAACCAGUGAAAUUUCUGGGUCAGAUAACGGAACAAAGGUCUACAUAAAUGAGACUAGUAAUAACACUCUGCAUGAUGAAUUAGUAGCUAAUGAACAACAGCUUGCAGAGAGUUCCUUUGAGAGUCCACCAACUACAUGCGUGAACUCAAAUGAAAUUGAUUCACAGACGUCUUCGGUCUCCAUAUAUGAACACAAGUGUGAGUCCCCUGUCAACCAAACUGAAAUUGCCGAGUGUAAUACACAGUUUCAUAUUAAGGACUCAAAUUACACUAUGCAGAAUUCAGACUUCUCCAAAAUAUUCCACUUCUCAGCAUCCCCUACCAUACCAAAAGAUGAAAACGCCCUGUGUGUAGAAAAAAUACAGAAAUGCGAUGAAGAUUCAGCUCUAACUGCAAAGCCAGAAAUAAUUUCUGAAGACAAUGGGCAUGCAACAGAUGAAACAACAGACUGUACAUCUGAUACAGAAAUCCAACAACCCAUUUCAAACAUCACAUCUCCUCAUUGUGAAGACCAAUUGUCAGCCCAUUCACAAUUAAUUCAUACACAACAGUUGGUUUCUCCUAAACAUCUUCCUGUAGUUCAAGAUGAACAUGAAUAUAUAGACAGUAUGGAGAGAGCCAUGCCUGAUAUGACAUUAUUUUCUGUGCAAUCAGAAUGUGAAGAUAAUCAACAAAAGAACACUGAGCAGAGUCCUCAACUUAUUAUUUUGACUCAGGCACCAGAGUUUUCUUACAAGUCUAUCCAAAGUCCUUCUGAGCUGAGAGAUAAUUGUCCACUACCAAGCACAAUUACCCCUUCACUAAGUAAAAGCAGACCAGCCCUGGAAGACAAUAACUCAGAUCACAUAAAUAUUGGCAAGUCAGAUACUUUUGUUCCAGCAACAACAGAAUUAGAUAAUUCAUUUAAUCCCCAUCUGGAUUUAGUAGAAAUUACAGGGAGUAAAAUUUCUAGCCCUGGGACAUUGUUGGCUGUGGACAAAAUCUCAAAACAACCUUUAUCUGAGCAUUCUGGGACACUGGAUAACUCUCAAGAUGAUUUGAAACUCAGCCCCCUGAAUUACAGUGAAGCAUGUUUCAAUGAAUACAGCUUCAACUCUAAAUUUUCAAACAAAGGAAAUGACAAGCCUUAUGUAAAAUCAAACUCUACAGACAGUUACAUUCUCAAUGCCUGUGCUUUCUCUCAUGAUAAACCAUUGUCAUCCAGCCCAACAUAUAAUGCAAAUGAACAGGCGCCAAAUAUUCAGGGCCAUCUGACUGGACUUGAUAUACCCAAAACUUCUAUAAAUAAUAAACAAAAUUAUAUCAAAUAUUCAAGUGGCUCAGCUUCCUGCAGUAAUUAUGUUGAGGAAGGCAGUACAAUUAUCUCUGAACAAAUCUUAAAACUUGGCCAAACUGACAUGGAUGUUAGUCACCUUCCACCUGAAUCUGUUGAUGACAUGGAUCUGCACCUCAAAUUUCACAAGAAAGCAGAUUAUGAAAAGAUGGACCACCAGAUGAUCAUCAAUGAGAAUGAUGCAAUGCAGAGGUCAACAAUGUCAGAUGUUAAGGAGAUACCUAAACCUCUGAUACAAUAUGCAAAAGCAGCAUCCAUGGGUCUCCCAUUCACAUCAGUCCAAAAUGAAGGACAAAGUUUAAAGUCAAAUGAGACAAAAACAUCACAAAAAAAGGGUGGUACACAUAAUGCAGUUCAAGGAAAAUUUCAGUGUGAAAUAUGUGCAAUGUUCUUUCGUACACAACCUGGACUUAAAAGACAUAAAGCCAUGAAGCAUGUCGUAAAGGAUGAAGGUGUUUCUCCCAUUGAAAAUCUAAAUAUGAGCAGUCAAAUGUUCAUGCCCAUUUUAAUGCCACACCCAACAGAAAAAGCACUGAAAGGUAGCAUGGAUGUUUUAAGUCCAGCAGUUCUUUCACAUCCAAACAGAAGUGAAAUCUCAGAUGUACAAGAACAGCAAGCAGAUCCACAUUUGAUCUUUCAAGGGAUUGCAAGUGAUUCUCAUGUGUCAAAGAUCCCAGGAAGUUGUGAUAUUGAUCAGAGAACUUCUCUAAAUGAAAAAGCAAAUAACAGUAACACCACUACACACAUGAGCAGUGAAAUGUUUGCUCCAGAACUGGUAAAGCAAGACACCUUUUCAGAUGAAAUACUCAGUACUCUUCAAACAGAUAUAUUGCAGGCUAUCUCUCCAGAUUUUCCUUCAAUGGUACAACAAAACUGUCCUACGUCACCUGAAAAACAGGUCCCAAAUAGCCGUCACAGCUAUCAUGAAGUCAGUGUGAGGGAGGAACAGAAGAGCAUGGUAGUAACCAACAGCAGUGAAGAGCAAUUGGAAGAAACAACUUAUUCCAUAGGGCAUUCUAUACUGCAUAAGGAAGGAGACACAUAUGACAUUGACAAAGUUGUGACAAAGUAUUUUGCUAUUAAGCCAAAUUACGUUCAGACAGAAGAUAUCCACUAUCCACUUGGGGAUUCUUCUGUGGAUAUCAAGCGUGAGAAAACCUGUUCUCCUGCAGAAGACAGUCAUGCACUUACUGAAACUUUAGGAAUAGCACCUGAUCUCAAGGCUUUCUUUGAUGAUGAAAGCACUUUUUCUCAAUUAUUCCCAAGAAAUGAUGACAGGAAAAGAAAGAAAUGUGCAAGGGUCUAUGGUAAAAGCAACAAAAAGCAAAAACAACUGUCCUGUUUAAUUUUAGACUACCCUCCCACUGGUGCCUUUAUUGAUAAGUAUGAGGAGUCUAAAGAAAACAAGAUGGGGCAUAAGUUUAUUAGUGACAUGAAUGACCCUUGCGAAUAUGAAACCAUAUUGACCCCCAAAAGCUUAGUCAAGAGUUCUAUGGAAAAUGCAUGUCAUUCAAAAGAUUAUCUAAUUGAUAAUCAGCCUGGUUAUGAGGAAAAUGUAGAAACUGGCAUUAAAGAAUUCUUUUGUGAAAAAGAGGGCACAAUCAGACAACCCUUAGAGCAUCAGGAUGUUUUGCAUGAUUGCAUUGUGUCAGAGAACACAAUUCCUCAGGAAGAUUGUAAACCAGAGGUUCCUGCUACAGCCUGCCCUCUCCAAAUGGUCUGUGUACAAGAUAAUGCCCCUUGUUCGCUAAGCACUGAGAUACCUAACCUUAACACUACAAUUCAGAUUCCUGCACCAUUUUUUGAGCCUGAGAGAGAUAUGCCUUUGGUUGAGACCAUUGCAAGCACAGAAGUGAACGACCCUGAAAGACCUUGCAAAAAGCCUGUGGAGCGGAAGUGUAGGAAACGCAUUGAACCUGGACUUAAACCUAAAGAUAAGCAGUACAAAUGCAAAGUGUGUUUCACAUGGUUUCUCACCUUAGGUGAGCUCGACUUCCACAAGCUCUCUCACAAUCCAUCACCUCCCCCAACUUGCUAUAUGUGUGUCCAGCGCAAAUUUAGCUCACGGGAACAACUAAGGGACCAUCUCAGGGAGAAACAUGCCAAAAACAAAGCAGGUGUUUGGACUUGUGGCAUGUGCUUGAAAGAAAUUUCAGAUGUCUGGAUGUACAAUGAACACUUGCGUGAGCAUGCCACACAGUUUGCACGAAGAGGCCAGUCUCAGAGCUCCCUCUUGGACAUGCCUGGCUGUUUCAUGCAGGAAAAUGCUGUGAAGAACUUCAUAUCUUCAAUAAUGCAGCAUCGACCCAGCAGAGCUACAAAAGGAGACAAUCUUAAAUCAUUAUCCAAGGAAGAGAGAAGAACAUCUUUAGAUGUUAAUGGACAAGAGUUGAAGGGUCCAGAGGAGUUUGAUUCCAUAAGUCUGAAGACUAAAAUGAGUAUUGGGGGAGGAAGUAAACACUGUGCACUGACAACGCUUGAGGUUUUACCUAAAGCAGAGACUCCUUCCAAAAAUGCUGAGAUGCAUCCUAAUUGCAAAGACCCUUCAAGGGACUGUCACCACUGUGGCAAGCAGUUUCCAAAGCCCUUUAAGCUCCAGCGUCACUUAGUUGUUCACAGCUUGCAAAAGAUUUUUCUUUGUCACAAAUGUCCAGUGUCCUACCAAGAGGCAAAGGAGCUUAAAGACCACCUUAAACAUGAACAUGAGGAGACAGAUGAGCCAGACUCAAAGCAUACUACACUCUAUACUUGUGAACUCUGUGCCGAUGUCAUGCAUGUAAUUAAGAAGUCCUUCAUUUGCAGUACCUGCAACUACACGUUUUCCAAAAAGGAACAGUUUGAUCGUCACAUGGAGAAGCACCUUGCUGGAGGAAACAAGAUCUUCAAAUUCAGGAGAGUCAUGAGACCUUGCAGGCCUUUUAAUUCAAAAGAUGAUAUAUCUGACAUGCCACCAAGCAAGAAAAGGAAGGCAACGGAGAGCAGCUUGGACAUCACAGUAUCACACAUGCAAGGCAUUAAAUCAGUGUUGCCAAUCAUAGAUGACACUGCACAGAAUAGUACGGAGGAACAUUCUACUGAAACAAACAAUACCAGUGUGAAAAUUGAAGAUGUAGCUGAGGACUUCCCUGUAGUUGCCAAGGACAUUAUAGAGUGUACAGUGCAAACUGAUACAGCAGAACAGAGUCUUUCAACAGAGCUGAAGAAAGAGGAUGAAAGCUCUUCUCCAUCUCAUGAACUCCAAACAGAUGAGCCCAGGGAGGUCAGUGCAACUGACAAAGAAGCUCUGACAGAGAUUUGUGACGUUAAAAUAGAAGAUGACUGUUGCACAAUUCCAACAACAUUGUUAGAUUCAGAAGUUAAUGUUGCAAGCAUUUCCAGACAAAACGAAGACGGGGUGGAGACGAACCCUUCAGAAAGCCUUGAAAAUGCAAGUGAACAAGGGGAAACUACAGACUCAAGUGUAUGCACCAUUCAAGUAUGCAGUCAAACAGAUGUAAGUUUACCAAAGCAAGACAUGCAAGGACUCUCAUCUUGCAAUGACUUUGAACUAUCAUCUGUGAAGCAGUCUUCAAAUGAGACAAGCUACUUGAAGCAGGAUCAAACAAUCGAGACUUUAUUCUCCAUUAACAGAAAUGAGAAUAUACAAGAUGUUCACACACAUGACAGUGAACAGCCAGCUACUGCCCAUGCUAAGCAUAUAACUAUGGUCAAAUCUGAGGAAACUUUGAAACAAAGUCUUGAAAAUAACCCAAGGUGCCUUAGUACCACUGAUUCUGCACGUCACACAAACAGCUCAUGUGAAGAUAAGGACUCAGCCAAACAACAAAAGAAGAGGAAAGAACUUAAGACAUCUCACAGCUCUCAGAGAACACCAUCUCCAACUGCAAGGGAAAAUCUGGGCAUUGACCCAAGAUUUAAAAAGAAGUUCAGACCUAGCAGGUGUGAAAAUAUCGAUGGGCAAAGGAAAACCGAUCUUCCCAAUGACUAUCCAGUGCUUACAUCAGUAAAGGAUGACACAGUAAGCAACAAAAUAAUCUCCAAGCAUAAAAUAGGAUCUUCCAAUCUAGGCCUUCACCUAAAGAAAGGUCCUGUAGAGUUCUCACCCAAAAAGGUUGAGAUUGUACGCCACUUUAAUGGAGAUUGCAAAGGGAAAAAGAGCAUUCCAAGAAGACCCGUUCAUUCCACUUCUUCUAGGGUCUCCACCCUGAACAACUCAUUUAAUAAAUCACGGUCCAAGCCAGGGGUCAGAUCCAUAGAGACUCACUCAUAUCGUACUGCAGAGUCACAAAACAACCUCCUCAGCCAGCUGUUUGGCCAAAGACUAACUAGUUUUAAAAUUCCUUUAAGGAAGGACACUUCUGAAUCUAUUAAGGAUUAAAUGGAUGCUAUUAACGAGGAGGUAAUUAAGUGAUCCACUAGGCAUGUUAUUAAGGCAGUUUAUUCAUGAGACUAGGAUUGUAUGGCACUCCUCUGUGAAAUCAUUUAACUCCUUGUUUAGUCACUUUAUUGCAUUCCUCUUGUAAAUGUGUAUUUACAUAUAUGUGAAGACCAACAACAAAAUGUAUGAAUAUAGGAUGAAUUUGUUGGUUACAAAUGAGUUUAUUUUCUCUAUUUUAUAGCAGAGCAUUAUCUCUAAGAGUGUAUUUCAUCAUCAACAAAGAAAGGUUUUCGGAAAAGAGUUUACUUGAAAAUGAACUGAGAAUAUUUGAGUUCCAAAUAAUGCAUGACACUUUUACAUUAAAUGUUCUUAGAUGUUUUCCAAGCAACAGGACCAAAAGACAUCCUAAGUCUGGAUCAUGUCAAUGUGCCUAUUGUAUAUGCUUCAGAGCAUUACUCCUUUAUACUCAUUUACUUUACUGUAUUGCAAAGACACUCAUUAGUAUUAGCUUUUAUAUCAACACUAAUUGGUGCUAUUUUAUUAUUAUUAUUUGUGUAAUGUGAACACAAUGUCUUAUAACUGAAGGGAACAUGUAGCAAUUACACUCAUCAUUGCUGGUACUCAACAGUUUUAGAGUAAAUGACACAAAAAUACUGUGUAAGAUCAAGCAAAAAGAAAGGGUUCAUUUGUGUCUUAAUUUUAUGUCUUCAGAGGAGGGCAAGGAAAAAGCUUUUUCCAAAACUGAAUUUAGUUUUAUUUCAUCUAUAAUAUGAACUCAGGUGCUAUUAUUGCGCAUGAAACCCUUAGGAAUUCUUCCCUUGCACUGAUGUUACAAUACAAAAACCCCACACAUGAUCAACUAUAAUGUCCCCCAGUUCUUUAAUUAUUACUAAUUACUAGAACAAAAGGUGCUUUGUCAUGUUUAUAUGUAUCUUAUAUUGUAUAAUAUUGUAAGUUGAUCUUUUCCAGUGCAAUGCAUAAUGUCAAAGUUCUAUUUUAAUAAUGUGCAAAAGAUGAAGAGAAAAAGGAAAGGAAAAUACAAAGCCUACUAAAGGCUUAUGAGUGGAUCACAAAGUGCAUCAUAUAAACUUGGUUAUUAAAAAAAAUAUAUUUGCAUUAA